GAGGAGAAUUCCAAGAGAAUAGUUAGAGCUUCCUGGAAGCUGGGGCUGUAGUUGGAUUGAGCUUAGCUUUAGGAGAUCCAGAAAAGGGACUUUGGGUUCUACACUUAAGCUGUCUUUGUUCCAGGGGCUCCAAGACAUUCAUGGAUCAACCUUCAAGAACAAAUGAGCCUUACUACGAUACACACCCCGGAGGCUUAGAUCCAAGCCAUCACUUCCACCCAUCAUCCUCCCAUCCCUACCCUCACCUCUACCCUCAUCUCCACCCCACCCUGCGUAGGCCAAGCCACAGUGGUGUCCAUUAUGAUUCUCCUCAACAUGGGAUGUUCCAACAAUCACCCCAACAUCAUGCUGGGUUCCCUCAACAAAAUGAAUCCCAGCAUUUGCGUGAGUUCUCAGACUUCCAUGAGAGUGCCAUCUCCCAUCAUUCCUAUCAGCAGGACAGGGCCCAUCUCUCCAUAUUACCUAGCAAUAUCCCUCAGGCUUAUGGUGGAUCUCAUCCUCCUGGUGAGUCUCAACACUCUGGUGGACCCCAGAGUGGAUCUCUUAUUGACCCACAUCAUCAUCCCCACCAAGAUAACUUUAGAGCCAGUAUAGUUUUGCCCCGCCAUGGGACAACCCACUAUGAGAGGUCUGACCAUCUUGACCAGCAGCAGAACAGAAGGCAGUCUCAGAAUGCAGAAAACAUUUCCCAUCACUCCAAUGCACCGUCCCAACGCCAGGAAGGAUCUCACCAUCAAGUUGACCAUCCUGGGGGCCAUCAAGCCCACUCUCACCGUGGUGAGCAUGGUGAGCAUGGUGAGCAUGGUGAGCAUGGUGAGCAUGGUGAGCAUGGUGAGCAUGGUGAGCAUGGUGAGCACCACAGGGAGCAACGACAUCAUCGUGGAGGUCACAUGCAGCACCGUUUACAUCAUCGCACCCCAAGUGUCUCCCAACUCUCACACAAGUCCCACAGCACAGUUGUCACCACUCAUUCUCAUGCAGGCUCCAAAAGCACAACCAGUAGGCCUCGUUCCAUCUUGGGAGCUCGAUCCCAUGUUUUCAGCCAAGUUCAUUCCAAGGAGAGCUUGAGAGAAUCACCCUCUUUGAGCGGAGAGGAGGAUCAUGUUCAGAAACGCAAAAAGGCCCAGAGGACCCACAAGAAGGCACACACUGGGAAUAUCUUCCAAUUGCUAUGGGGAAAAAUAAGCCAUCUUCUUUUGGGUCUCCAGCAAAUGAUAUUGUCACUGACACAGACUCUGAGCUUUGAGACCUUUAUCUUCGUCGUGGUCUGUCUCAACACAGUCGUCCUUGUGGCCCAGACUUUCACUGAGCUAGAGAUCCGAUGUGAAUGGUACUUCAUGGUCUUGGACUCCAUCUUCCUUUCCAUCUACGUACUAGAAGCCAUCCUCAAGUUAAUUGGCAUGUGCCUGGAGUAUUUUUACGAUCCAUGGAACAAUCUGGACUUCUUCAUCAUGGUGAUGGCAGUGCUGGACUUUGUGCUCCUCCAGAUAAACUCGCUCUCAUAUUCAUUCUACAACCACAGCCUGUUCCGGAUUCUCAAAGUCUUCAAGAGUAUGCGGGCCCUAAGGGCCAUCCGGGUCCUUCGGAGGCUCAGCAUCCUGACCAGCCUCCACGAAGUGACCGGGACUCUGAGUGGAUCUUUGCCAUCCAUCAUAGCUAUCCUCACCCUCAUGUUUACCUGCCUCUUCCUCUUCUCUGUGGUGCUCCGGGCACUGUUUCAUGAGUCAGACCAAAAGCGCUUCCAGAACAUCUUUACCACACUCUUCACCCUGUUCACCAUGCUCACCUUGGACGACUGGUCCCUCAUCUACAUAGACAACAGGGCCGAAGGCGCUUGGUACAUCAUACCCAUCCUCAUGAUUUACAUCAUUAUCCAGUACUUCAUCUUCCUCAACCUGGUGAUUGCUGUCCUGGUAGAUAGCUUCCAGAUGGCAUUGAUCAAAGGCCUAGAGAAAGUAAAGCUGGAGCAAGCUGCCCGGGUCCAUGAGAAGUUGCUGGAGGACUCUCUGACAGAUCUCAACAAAGCAGAUGAUGCCCAAAUGACUGAGGAAGCCUUGAAGAUGCAGCUUAUUGAGAAAAUGUUUGGCAACAUGACAGUGAAGCAGCGGGCGCUCCACUUCCAGUUCCUGCAGUUGGUGGCAGCGGUGGAACAGCAUCAACAGAAGUUUCGUUCCCAAGCAUCUGUCAUCGAUGAGCUUGUGGACAUUGCAUUUGAGGCUGGAGACGAAGAUUACGGGAAGUGACCCUGAAGAAUACUGACCUGAGUUUCUGGCAAGCUACCUACCUGGGUGGGUUGGAACAAGGCCCUAAUGUUGCUGGUAUUAUCCAGAACCAUGUUGGACUGAGGUCCCAAUAGAGUUUUAUAAACCCUGGA